AUGAACGUGACACGCGCGUCGCGAACAUACGUCCUCCGGUACGUUCACAACCUGAAGCGGUCCACAAGAAAGGAACAACGUGUCAAUGGGUCGCUGACUCAGCAGGAACUGGCUAGAGCUGAAAACUACUUGUUCCGCCUAGCACAGUCCGAAGGUUACGCGGACGAGAUCGCCACGCUGGCAGCGGGAUAUCACCAAACGAGCACCCAAGGAAGGAUCAUUCGAAACAACCCACUCUUUCGUACCGCUUUCUUGGACGAAAACGGAGUUGCCCGAUUCCGAGGUCGAACGAAGGCGUGCGCAUUCGUCGAUCGUGAUGCUGCUGAACCCAUUAUUCUUCCUCGUCAUCAUCAAGUCACCCGACUAAUCAUAGCUGAGGCCCACGAGCGGUUCAACCACCAGAACCACGCAACGAUUGUCAACGAGCUCCUGCAACGGUACCGCAUUCCUCGGCUGAAAGCGACCUACAACGCUGUUCGGAAAGACUGUCAGCAGUGCAAGAAUGACCUAGCGAAACCACGUCCUCCGAUGAUGGGCGAUCUUCCGCAGUCACGCCUGGCUGCAUUCAGUCGUCCUUUCACCUACAUGGGGGUGGAUUAUUUCGGUCCAAUAUUAGUAUCGGUGGGCCGACAUUCUGAAAAACGGUGGGGGGUUCUCGCGACCUGUCUGACCACACGCGCCAUCCACUUGCAGAUCGCUCACACACUGACCACCGACUCCUGCGUAAUGGCAAUCCGAAACGUCAUGGCUAGGAGAGGAGUUCCUGCUGUGAUCUACAGCGACCGUGGGACCAACUUCCAGGCCACCAGCAAGGAACUAAAGGUGGCAAUCGAGCUACUCGAUCAAAACAGACUGGCCAGCGAAUUCACUACGAGUCGUACCCAGUGGACAUUUAUUCCACCGGUUUCACCACACAUGGGUGGAGCAUGGGAAAGGCAGAUCCGUAGCGUGAAGCAAAACCUAGCUAAGGUACAACCUAGCAGACUACCGACCGACGAAGUGUUGCAGAAUGCGAUGGUGGAGGUUGAAAACAUCGUCAACUCUCGACCAUUAACGGACCUUCCCGUAGAAGAUGACGAGUCACCCGUUUUGACACCCAACCACUUCCUGCUAGGGUCAGCAAACGGCCUCAGAUCAUGGGUUCCGUUCAACGAUAAUCCCAUCCUACGGAGGAACUGCUGGAUCCAGUCACAAGUUAUGGCUGACAAGUUCUGGAAGCAGUGGGUACGAGACUAUCUACCCUGUCUUACGCGAAGAACGAAGUGGUUCACUCCAGCGACUCCAAUUACUGUCGGUGAUACUGUGGUGAUCGUUGACGCGAAGCUAUCCAGAAACUGCUGGCCUAAGGGAAGAGUUAUUGCUACGCAUCAGGCUCCAGACGGACAGGUACGGUCGGCGACAGUACAAACAGCGUCUGGUGGAAUAUACGAGCGCCCGGCCAUUUCAUUGGCUGUGCUCGACGUAGGCGUUAGGACGAAUACGCUAUCGGAUGAUCCUUCGCGCAUUCCGGGGGGAGUGUUGACUACGCCCCGUCGGUAA